CCCGCCCAGUCGGGUCACAGACGGCGAUGGCAACGGGGACGGCGACGGCCGCGCGGGCCCGGGCCCUGGCGUUGGCGCUCUGGGGCUGGGCGCUGGCCCCGGCGGGGGCCUUGGACGCUAUGGGCCCCCACGCGGCCGUCCGUCUGGCCGAGCUGCUGACCCCGGAGGAGUGCGACCAUUUCCAGUCGCUCCUGAAGGUGCCCGAGCCGGACGUCGAGGCCGAGCUGGCCCGGCUCUCUGAGGACCGGCUGGCCCGCGCGGAGACGCUGGGGCCCACGUCCAAGCCGCCGGGCAGGCUAUGGCGGCUGUGGCGGCGGCGGCGGAAGCGGGCGGCGGCCGAGUCCGCGGAGGUGUUGGACGGCUGCCGGGAGAGGCUGGCGGACUGGCUGGCGGCCGAGGCCCCGACCCUCUCUUGGGACCGCGUGGCCCGGGCGCUGCGGCGCUGCGGCCGGCCGGACGUGGCCCGGGAGCUGGGCAAGAACCUCCACCAGCAGGCGACGCUGCAGCUGCGCAAAUUCGGCCAAGCCUACCUGCGCCCGCCGGCCGCCCCCGGCCCCGCCCCCGCUCCCGCCGCGCCCCCGGCCCCGGCCCCGCCCCCGCGCCCCCGCCGCGCCGCGCUCCCGGAGCCCGACUGGGACCAGCUGCAGCUGAUCUUGGAGCGUCUGCCCCAGGCACCGUACGAACGCAACCCCGCCGGCUGGGUCGGGCCGCUGGCGCUCGGCCUCCUCACCGGCUUCGUGGGGGCGUUGGGCGCCGGGGCGCUGUUCAUCACGCUCACGCUGUGGCUCACGGGCGGCGACGGCCACGGCCCGGGCCCCGGCCCUCCCCGGCGCAGGUCCGCCCAGGCGCGCGGCGGGCGGCAAGCCAGGCCGCCCCUGUCUGCAGAGCAGCUCGAGCCGUCGAGGGCCCGGGCUGCACGCGGGCCGGUCCCCCCUCGCCUCAGUUUCCCCGGCCGUAAAACGGGAGCGCAGCCCCGGCAGAGUGCCGUCUUCCCCGUAUUAUAAACGUUACCAAAUACGCAAAAGAGGGAGCAUUCGUUGGUUUGUUGGAAAUGGCCGCACACCCGGCGGGACUGCCGGUGGGAGAGGAGGGGCUGGGGUGCUAGGGUACCGGGGUGGGAGGCAGGCCCUCCCUCUUGUCAGCCUUAGAGCCUUCUUAUCUCGCAGUAGCUCUUGCACCGAGAGCUACCAUUUAUUGAGUGCCAACUGUAUGCCAGGCCCUGUGCUAAGCGGGUUGCGUACGUUAUUUGAUAAAAGCUUCAGAACCCAAGAAAAGCAGGUAUGAUCUCCAUUACACAUAAAGAAACUGGCCACAACUAGUCGGUGGCAUAGUCAGGGUUUUGAACCCAGAGCUGCCUGAGCUGAGAGUUUGAAUCCCAGAGGGAGUGAUCUGUGACUCCCCAGAGGGAGCUUGACAAACCAGGUGCGACCUGAACAAGAGGCGGUUUCUGUUUACUCUGAGGCCCUGCAGGAGUGUGCAGGGUGGGGUGGCACAGCUAGAGGUGGUGUCCCCACUUUCAGGGGCCGCUGCCUCCAAGCUGCUCUUCUACUCAGACCCCUGAAGGUCCACCUGGAGCCCCAAAGCUUUCCCCCCCACCUGAGUGGCCAGGGCCCUGCCAGCCCAUCUAAGGAGCUGAGCCUGGGUGAGCCCUUAGACUCUGUCCCCUGUCACGGGGGAGGGCAAAGAGGACAGCCGUGGGGUCUUGCUGGGUGGGAGGGUCUGUCCACCCCCCCGGGGGGCCGAGGGGCUUUGCUGUGAGAGCAGUGACAGAAUGACAGGCCAGUCCAAGAGGAGAGUUGAAAACAAGAUUGACGUAACCCUUUAUUGCAAAUUCUAAAGUAAAAAGAUGUACAGUACAAAGUAAAAUUGAAAUUUCAGACUAUAAACGUCCAAUCCACUUA